UUAAAACUAAGCUUCCCGAGUGCAGGUUUGCGCUGCGGACGAAAUUCGCUAGCCAAAGUCAUCCCACCGACACAGCGCUGUACGGUUCGGUUUUGGGAACGAUUGCAACGAUUGCGAGUAAAAGUUUGAAUUAUUUUGGGCCUGUGAAAUAUACCAGCUUCGUUCGUUCGUCAUCAUGAACGCGGUAUCAUGGGUAUUGUUCUGUGUGGUGGCAAUUUCGUCACAGACGCUGGGAACACCCGUUAAGAGAGACUCUGAAAUCGGUAUGGAGAUGGCGAGCUCGCUGGAGGAAGUUGGUGGCAACUUUGAAGGCGAUAUCGAUCUUACCAGCGAUCAGGAGAAGGCAGUUAAAUAUGGCUACACCGCUAUCAUUGGCGAGUCGUUCAAGUGGCCGAACAACAUCGUACCGUACAUGAUCGAUACAACAGCGUUCACUAUUAGUCAGCAGAACAGCAUUCUGUCCGCUAUACAGCAGAUCGAGCUAGUUAGCUGCGUCCGCUUUAAGCCACGCACGACGGAAGCUGAUUACGUAAAAGUUAUGGGUGGCUACAGUGGCUGUUGGGCUAGUCUGGGUCGCCGUGGUGGUGCUCAGACGGUGAAUCUGCAACCGAACGGCUGCAUGUCGCGCGGUACGAUCAUCCACGAAUUCCUACAUGCGCUCGGGUUUGUGCACAUGCAGAGCGCCUCGGACCGUGACUUUUACGUGACGAUCAACUGGAGCGCAAUCCAGGCGGACAAGGCUUCCAACUUCGAUCGGUACGGUCCGACCGUAGUGGAUGACUUUGGCAUCCCGUACGAUUACGAGAGCGUGAUGCACUACGGUUCGACGGCGUUCACCUACAGCGGACAGCAAACGAUCGUACCGAAGACGAGUGGCGUUACGAUCGGGCAACGUGUCGGCAUGAGCCUUAAGGACAUCAGGCGACUGAACGCUCUGUACCCGAACUGCUACUAAUUUCGGUACGGAUGAUUCGAUUGGGCGAAAAGAUCAGAUGAGACGGAAUGUAGGAUUAGUAACAGUGUUGUUCAGUUGUUUUCAGACUCAUAUAAAUAUAGGAAGGAUAAGGUUUUCGAGAGAUUAGCUUUUAGUUAAGCUUAAGUGACUAGACAGUAACAAUUGAAGAUACAAGCAAAGCCUUGCUAACUUCUUGCAUUAAAGUACAACGUGCAGUCA